GUGCGGUUGGUUCGCCGGAGAGAGAGGGAGCAGGCGAACGGACUAGGAGAGCUUUUUGUGGCUGCAGACGGAGUUUCUCCUCCAGUCUGUUCCCAACAGGAGCUCCAGAGGAGACGGGAAAAAGAGGGAGUUUCAGUUUUUCUUCUUUUCCUUUAUAACCAGAUUUACUUUUCACUUCGUGCGUGCGUUAAGGGAGAUUUGUUUCAGGGGAUUUGCGGAUCACACACCGGGAGUAAAUCACGCAGCUGUGGAUGUGAAUCAGCUGAGGUUGCAGGGCACCAGUGGAUCAUUGCUCUGCAGCAUCAGUAACACCCACUUCCACGGAGCAGGGCUGCACGCAGCGACAGGGAAUCCUUUCUUAGAUGCUUCCCCGCAGCAGACAUUGAGGAGAGGAGGGCUUUUAUGGAAAAUUUGUUGGAUUUUCUUUGUUUUUAUCGCCCUGUCGCUGCAAACUUGAAAGUCCGGGAUGGGGAAGGAGCAGGAGCUGCUGGAAGCCGCCCGCACGGGGAAUGUCGCCUUGGUGGAGAAAUUGUUGAGUGGAAAAAAGGGAAUACUGGGCUCAGGUUCUGGCCCCAUCCCUCUUCCCAACCUAUUGAGCAUGUGGAAGGGCGUAAACGUGAACUGCACAGACAGCUCAGGCUAUACACCUCUACAUCACGCUUCGCUUAACGGACACAGGGAUGUGGUGCUGAAGCUACUUCAGUACGAGGCGUCCACAAACCUGGCUGACAGCAAGGGCUGCUUCCCGCUGCACCUGGCUGCAUGGCGAGGGGAUGAGGACAUUGUUCGCAUUCUCAUCCAUCACGGUACUUCACAAUGCCGUGUCAACCAUCAGAACCAUGAGAGGGAGACACCGCUCCAUUGUGCAGCACAAUACGGACACACUGAGGUGGUUUCAGUGCUUCUUCAGGAGCUGACUGACCCAAUGAUGAGAAACAACCGACAGGAAACUCCCCUGGACCUGGCAGCACUUUAUGGACGCCUGCAGGUGGUACGCAUGUUGGUGAGCACUCACCCAAACCUCAUGACGAGCCACAUUCGCCUCCACACUCCGCUUCACCUGGCUGCACGAAACGGACACCACAGCACCAUCCAGACCCUGCUGGAGGCCGGCAUGGACGUCAACUGUGUUACGGAGAAUGGGAGUGCCCUUCACGAAGCUGCUCUUUUUGGGAAGAUGGAUGUAGUUCGCCUUUUGCUUGACUCAGGGAUAGACACCAGUUUGAGAGACAGUCAGGGGAGAACAGCGCUGGAGAUUCUCAGAGACCACCCAGCACCUAAGUCUCAACAGAUAACUGCUCUUAUUCAAGAGUAUAUGAUGGACGAGAUGGAGGAACAAAGUAUUUUGGAAGAACCUGUCCGGAAGUGUCCCGUCCCUGCACCUCGGACCUCUAUCCCGUCACCUGCUGCCUCGCCAUCCCUCCGACAUAAGAAUGAUGCUGUGACAAGCGAGCUGUCCAAGCUGCUCCACGACAUCAAGAAGUGCCGCGACAGGGACUACUCCUUCGAGGAGCUCUGCCACACCAUCUCCUCCCACUCCAUGGACAGCUUCGGUAGCGGACGGCUGUCUGACGAGGAGCGCCCGGACCGACCCAACGGCACCCUAACUCGAGUCAGCAGGCGUCCCACCCCGCCUCUCGCUGCAGCAGUGGAGGAAGACGAGGUAGCAAAGACAUGCGGCCCAACUGGAUUCUGGGAAGCUUUCACCCCUUGCAAUGGCUGCCACAAUCUUGGUGUUUCCAGCGGCUCUCAGGAUUUUAAGCAUUCAGUUGAGCUGGUCACCUCUCCAUCACUGGAUGUUUUCCUGCCUGAAGACGAGGACAACCCAUAUGAAUCUGUGACCACCGCCGUCACACGCAAACCUUGUUCCCUUGAAAUCAACCACCGACUCAACGUCUGCGCCCGAAAUGGUCACUCGUCCCAUGCAGCUGUGAACGAGGAGAAGCACGGUAACCAUGACAACUACUCAACAGGCCCCACACCAGACUGCUCGCCCCCCUCCCCUGACACGGCCCUGAAGAACAUCGAGAGAGUUAUCCGCCCACAGCCCAAGCAGCGCACCUCCCUGUCUUCUUCUCUGGAUGUCCAAAGGCCUGUCAACCACAGCUGUGAACCCAGUGAGGUGAGCUCUUCUCUGGGCUAUGCCAGCUUCAGCACCAGUCCUCCUGCCAGUCCUCCUCUCAGCCCGAAUCAGGAGGACUCUACAGGCUCCAACGACGACUGUCAGCUCACAGACGACGGGACGUUCCAGCGAGAGCCACCCCCUCCUCCUCUCUGCUCUUCCUCCAGUUCAAGCCGUCUUGUAGGGGAAAACAGAAAAAGUCUCAUCCCAGAAGAGUUUGCAGGCCUACUUCAUGGAUCGUCUCCAGCUUGUGAGCCCCCAGAUACGCCUUAUCAUCUUUAUAGCCCCAAACACUUUAAAUAUGCUUCUUCAGAAGUUCAGAGCAACGUGCUGCAGUCUCCUGAGUUCAGCAUUGUGAUUGGCGGCGGAGCCUCUCAGGGCUUCUCCAGAACUGAGAAAGAAUCGUCUCCCCAGAGGUCCCAAAAGCCCCAGGUUGUUUACCGGACCAUCUUCCACACCAGGGUCAACCAGGACCAGAUUCAGCCUAAAAUUCCUGAGCAGGUGGAUCUGCCACGUGGAUGGUCCACGCUGAGCCACCCGCCCUCUAGUUCCCCAGGAUUAAACGGAGAAGUUACUGAGUUGCAGGAGAAGCAGGCAGGAGGUGAGGCCAAGGACGGUUACGAAGAGAGAGCCUGUACCCUGGGGAGGAUGAGAUCCGUCCCACGCAGUGUGUUAGAUUUGCAGCUGUCGAAGUCUCUUUCCAAGUCCGAUUCAAACCUGGUGGCCGUGUCCCCCAUACAGGAGGAACACAGUUGGGGGUCUGGAUCACGGGGCCAGGGGCCUGGAAGCCCUGGCUCCCGAGAGGGAGCGAGCCCUGAGAAAAGACUGGAGCGAACCCCCUCCUUCACAGCUGAGUGGGAGGAGAUUGACAAGAUUAUGAGCUCUAUUGGAGCGGGGAUUGGUAGCGGAUUGGACGUCAAGAAGAUUACCUCAGGUCCCCGCUGCCCACUGCAGUCCAUCGGACAGUGGCUGGACUCCAUCGGUCUGGUCCAAUAUGAGAACCACCUGCUGGCCAACGGAUUUGACAACGUCCAGUUCAUGGGAAGCAAUGUGGUGGAGGACCAAGACCUGCUGGAAAUUGGAAUUCUGAGCUCUGCUCACAGACAGCGCCUGCUGCAGGCCAUACGGCUGCUGCCCAGGGUCCGACCUGUGGGCUAUGAUGGCAACAACCCCACAUCAGUGGCUGAGUGGCUGGAGUCUUUGGAGCUCGGCGACUACACAAAAUCUUUCCUUGUCAACGGUUACACCUCCAUGGAGCUGGUCAAAAAGAUCUGGGAGAUCGAGCUGAUCAAUGUGUUAAAGAUCAAUCUUAUUGGACACAGAAAACGGAUCCUGGCAUCACUGGGGGACCGACUACACGACGACACGCCACAAAAACCUCCGCGGGCCAUUUCCUUACGGGAACCUGGAGGAAACCACACUCCUCCACAGCUCAGCCCUUCAGUAGGCCAGGCAGCGUAUACGGCGGGGGUCCCCGGCGGAUCUCUUGACGUGCAGCACCUCAUUAUGCAGGCGGACGCACGGCGCAGGCAGCGCAGCACUGAGAACUACUUUGACGACGUGCCGCGAUCCAAGCUGGAGCGACAGAUGGCUCAAGUUAGCAUGGCUGGCGAAUGGUGCGAGCCAAUCACGUUGCGUCCGCCCAACGAGGCAACAUCCUCCACUCCUGUUCAGUACUGGCAGCAUCAUCCAGAGAAGCUCAUCUUUCAGUCCUGUGACUAUGAGGCUUACUACUUGGGGUCCAUGUUGGUGAAGGAGCUGAGAGGGACGGAGUCAACACAAGAUGCCUGCGCUAAAAUGAGGAAGUCGACGGAACAGAUGAAGAAGGUGCCGACCAUCGUCCUCUCCGUGUCCUACAAAGGAGUGAAGUUCAUUGAUGCCACCAAUAAGCAGAACAUCAUAGCAGAGCACGAGAUUCGCAACAUCUCAUGUGCUGCUCAGGAUCCAGAAGAUCUGUCUACAUUUGCUUACAUCACCAAAGACCUCAAAUCCAGUCAUCACUACUGCCAUGUCUUCACUGCUUUUGAUGUGAAUCUGGCCUAUGAGAUCAUCCUGACACUUGGCCAGGCCUUUGAGGUGGCCUACCAGCUAGCUCUGCAAGCCAGAAAGAGCGGCCACGGAUCGGCGACGCUUCCGGAAAGCUUUGACAGCAAGCCUGGCAAGCCUGUCCCCAAACCUCGCGUCAACAUCCGCAAAUCAGUUAUCAUGUCUCCCUCCAGCUGCUGGUCACUGGGCCACAUUUACACCCCUCACCGGCCUCCUCUUCACCCUCCUCUUCCACCCCCUCGACUCUUCCAUCUUCCUUACAAAGCUCAGUUCCAGAUGGAGCAGCCAUCAAUGGACCAGAAGGGCCAUGCAAACGUGCCGUGGAUUGUGGAGCCCGGACAGGAGGCAAAGAGAGGAGUCAACACCAAGUACGAGACCACUAUUUUCUAACAUACACCCGCCUUGUCCACUCCUGUGUGUGUGUGCCUUUCAGAAGUUGCCCUGUAUCGGGGCCCAGCCCCGGAGUUGGGCACGAGCGACGCACGCCGCCGCAUCACCUCACCAACUGAAAAACUAAAUACUAUACACCUCGUCCCCUCCCUGCCCCUGUCCACUGCAUGAUGACUAUUGGCGCUGCAUUCUCUUUUUCUUUCUGCUCUCCCAGGCCUCGUCCUCCUGCCUGCAGGGCUAGCGCAUGACUUUUGAACCCAGGGUAGUGGUGCAUUUCUAACUUCACCUGUAGGGGGAUGGUCAGCUCAGUUUCUUCCCUUUUUAUUUGUUGCUCUGCCUUUAGCUUCUUGUCUUUUUUUUUGUUUUCUUCCAAUUAAGAGGUCUGGCUUCGUAUCCCUUCUUUUUUUUAAGUUCUAUCCCUCAUUUUUCUCUUCACAUCAGCCCCUUUAUCAAACUGUUUCUGACAACUUUAAUGAUUUAACAAAGAGUACUGCUCUAAGAGCUGUAACAGUGUUUUAGCUGUCUGUUAAGCAGAGUCUGGGAGCUGACAAAGACAAGAGAUGUUGUCUGAACAUGACAGCAUUUUUUAAUAGAGGUUGUAGCACAGUGCAAUUUUGACUGAAGCUGAUUCAGCUAGCAGGCUACUAGAAUGUAUUUUAACUUUUUGAUUCUUGAUAUUAAGUUGCUUUUUUGGAGAAAUUAAACUUGACCUGUGACACAGGAAGACAGAUUACUCAUUGUUUUUUCUCUAGUCUUUUUCAACAUGUUUGUGUAUAUGUUCAGAAUAAAUCUAAUCACGUUGAGUUUAUUUAAGGGAGGGUCAAGAAACUUGUAUGUAAAUGGGAUAGCAUGUGGCUUGUGGGACGCAUGAUGACCGUUUUGGAUUUGCUGAGCAAGGUGGCGAGUGGAGAGGCGGGGUGUGAGGGCUCUCUGGAUAAGUGAUGUCAUCUCAUUUUGCAGGGCAAUGGCGGACGCUCAUGUCUAUUACUGUGGAAUGCAAAGAAUGUAGCCAGCCCUAAACAUGGACCUUGUCACACUUACAAUGCAAAAUGGACUACAAAAGGACCCUAGUGCUCACUUUUUAAAAAGAACAACAAACAUGGACGCUGCUCCAUAAUGUUUGAGGUUGCCUACAAAAUGUUACCAUCCAUCCAUCCAUCCAUCCACACACACUAACAGGACUGCAUCGCGUCAGGCCACACGUCUGUUCUGAAUGUACACUUACUUGAAAGCAGCCUCAAAUCUCUGCAACUCUAGCUGGACUGGUUUUAUGCAGCCCACCUGGUAGGCAUGAUGGUUGAACUUUGAGGAGCUCUGCUUCUCCAUGGAGUCUGAAAAUGGAUACAGGACAUCAUUGGGCAUGUUUAACAUAUUGGCAUGGGUUCCAGGAUAUCUGGCUGGCUAAUUUCUUUUUAGUUUGGUAAUUGUCAGAAAAAAAAACAUAUGCACAACUAUGUAAAUGUAAUUGGAUUUGCUGCAACAACACGCUGAAGAUGCAACUGAUUUGUCAUGAGAAGCCUAUGUGAACCAAACUGCAUCUAGCAUUAAAAAUGUAUUCGUAUUGCCCGACAUUUUAAUGUUUAUUAUGAGAGUAUUAUAUUACCAUGAUGAUAAUCCUUGUGCAAUUCUUGUCUACUGUUGUCUUAAUGUUACAUUAUUUUUCUAUGAUAUGCUGAGGUGAGAGCCUGAGAAUGAUGGCAAUCCUUUAAAAAAUAAAAUUUGAAUUGAAAUGUUCAUACUUGUAUAUAGAGUGAAUGUUGCAGGUUGCUUGCUAAUUCCUAGGUCAGGUCAACCUCCAUUUCUCAUGGGGCUCUACUCUUAUCUUGCAGAUGUACUAUUUUAAACGCAGUAUUACUUGGAUGAAACAUUAUCCAAUUAUAAAAUGUACAUAGAUAUUUUGCCAACUCAUUGUUAAUACAUGAAAUGUAAAGAGAAACGAAUAAAGACUUUGCAGUAAAUGGCACUGGAAACAAGGUACCAAAAUAAAGGUUUGACAUGUCAAAAAGUAGUAGAGUUUGUAUUUAGAGUGAAAAAGUGGAUCAUAUGGUGACAUUACUGCUGAUUUACUAAUUUUAUUUAGUAAAUCUAUAUAUAUAUAUACACACACACACACACACACACACACACACACACAGGCUUGGGCUUCCAGCACACUGAUUUUUGUAAUUUGGGCCAUUAUUUAUAUCCUUGUAAAGCACAUGAAAUAAAAUCUGACUUGUACAACCAUA